UUUGCCGGAUCAGGUGCCAGCCCGAGCUUUGUCUCCUCGCCCUUAGUAGAUAAGGGAGGACCCACCCUCCCAGGCCCGAGCUGGUGAAAGGAGGGCCCAGUUCCUCUGUCUUCUGAACGUGAGGCAGAACCCUCCGUUUGCACUCUGGGCAGGGCGCUGCCUGGCCGGCCGGUUGCGUAGCAACGGCAGGCAGCGCGUGACGUGCGUAGUUGCGUUUGGGUCCGAGGCGCGCGCCCGUGCACCCGCCCCCUGGUAGGCUCGAGCCUUGCGUCGCCCGCUCGCUGGGUCUCUCGGUCCCUCUGCUGAGAGAAGGACGCUCUGCAGAGUCGGCGCCGGCAAAGCUCCCCCUCCCGCGUCACUGCGACCGCCGCGGCGAAGAUGGAACAAGGUACUAUGGUAGGCUUUGGAGAUUCAACAGUAUACAAGACAAAGUCCCCGUUCCUAUGAAGUAUACAUUCUAAUGGGGGAGACAGGCCUCCGGAGUGCAAGUUGCAGAUGAAGUAUGUCGCAUUUUUUAUGACAUGAAAGUUCGGAAGUGCUCCACACCAGAAGAAAUCAAGAAAAGAAAGAAGGCUGUCAUUUUUUGUCUCAGUGCAGACAAAAAGUGCAUCAUUGUAGAAGAAGGGAAAGAGAUCUUGGUUGGAGAUGUUGGUGUAACCAUAACCGAUCCUUUCAAGCAUUUUGUGGGAAUGCUUCCUGAAAAAGAUUGUCGCUAUGCUUUGUAUGAUGCAAGCUUUGAAACCAAGGAAUCUAGAAAAGAGGAAUUGAUGUUUUUCCUGUGGGCACCAGAAUUAGCUCCUCUGAAAAGUAAAAUGAUCUAUGCAAGCUCCAAGGAUGCCAUCAAAAAGAAAUUUCAAGGCAUAAAACACGAAUGUCAAGCAAACGGACCAGAAGACCUCAAUCGGGCUUGUAUUGCUGAAAAGCUAGGUGGAUCCUUAAUUGUAGCUUUUGAAGGAUGCCCUGUGUAGACCACCAUUCAGUGCCACAGAUCGAAAGCUUCCAUGUUUAAUGUUACCCUCUUGCUAUAUAAGUAAAGCAAAUAUGUUUAGACCAGGGUCUCACAGAGGGGGAGCUGUCUUGUCAUCUGUUAAAGUGAACUAAAUAUUCUGUAAACGUGCAGAUGGCCCUAAAUACAUCUAAAAUCUAAAAUUUUAUUGGUGUGAAAUUAAAUUCUUAUUGGCCAAAGGCCUGUUUUGAUGAGUUGGCUUGUAAAGGUUUUUGUUAAACUCAUGAUUUUUAAUAAUGCAGUUACCAAACAGUACAAGGGCCAUAUGAAGAGAAUUAUUGCAUCUUUGUAACCUCAGCAGGUAACUUAGUUUCUUUUGCUUAGAGAACUGGUUAUAAUCUGGUUAUAAUUUUGGCCCAAAUUCUUCAUUUUCUCUUGAGCUAAACUGCAUAAUGGAAAAUAGAUCUCCUUAGCACAUGUAACAGCACUAAUACACUAACUACAGUAAGACUAAGUCAGGCAGUCUUUUAAUUCUAGCACAUGUAUGAUGGAGACUGCCUCAGAAUCGUGCACACUUCUAACCAGCGCUGAUCUAGCAAAGCACUAUUUUGAGCAUGCAGUUGGAAUAAGGGGAGAAGCUCCCUGCACCCGCAGUGAGCUCUCUGCGGGCUAGUUGGGAGACUGUUCAGAGAGUGACCUUGCAUCUUAGAAAUAAAAUCACGGUAGUGUCCUAGGGAGAAUGUAUAGUACCUUGCAACAGCUAAUUAUAAUGCAGAUUAGGGCUCCAUUGUAAUUACAGCACUUUGUUAAUGAAGAUGAUAAAAUGGUAUAAUUGACAAGCUGGGACACCUGUCAUAACUUCAACUGUGUCUCCUUCAGAAUUUUGUUGCUUCUGGUACAGUAAGGUGUGGAAGAACACAAGUGUACGUGUACGCUGGGGCCUGGGAGAACUUCCUAAUUUCCUAGAGCAGCUUGUUGAUUGUAUGUGGAAUGGGGAGCAGGGAUAAUGGAUGACACCCAUGGGAAGCCACCACCUCAUGACGCUUGGAAGUGAUUGUCUUUAACAUCACAGGCAUAACACUUUGAAAAAUAUAGAGAUGCACACAGUUGAACUUAGAAGUAGCAGUAUUGGCUUUAUGUAAUAAAGGAAGCAUUUUUAACUUA